AUGAUUCAAUUUCUUCCUAAUGAGUUACAAAUUCAAAUUUUAAAUGAUGUUAUAAAUUAUUCAAAUUUUGAAUAUUUUUGUAUUCUUCGAACUGUUUGCAAAAAGUGGAACACAUUCAUUCCUUUAAUAAUAUAUGAUGUCGUUAUUUCCAGAUUAAACUCUGGUUUAAAGCUUGAGUUCACAGAUUGGAACGAAACAAAAUGGUCUAAAGAAAUACCACCAACCUAUGACGAUUAUACUAAGACUUUUACCUUUUUAUUUGAUACUGAUUAUAAAAUUAGUGAUCGUAAAAAUGCUAUCUUUAGACGUAAUAGACGUAAAAAGAUUGAUUUCAUAGCAUUCGUUGAAAAUACAAAAAAUUUAUUGAUUACGACUAAAUUUGGUAUUAUAUUUGGUAAAAUAGCUUGGCCUAAAUUUAUAAAUGGUGAUACAUAUAAACAUGAUUUCGAUCGUCAAAACAACGUGUGUUUCAAACGAAUUACUAAAAAUACGAACCUUAGUUAUUUAAAGCUUUCUAGUUUUACUAUUGCAGCUUGGAAACUUUAUUAUAUUUUAGAUUGUAUUCAAGUUGAUGGUAAUUUUAUAAAAUUGAAAAAAGGUUUUCAAUAUUUUUGUAAAGACUCUUAUUUUUAUGAAGUUCCUGAUUAUUUGUGA